AGCACGGAAGUGGAGCGGAAGGAAGAAGAAAAGUCCCAAACGAUCUCUGGAGAAAACCGGAGAAAGGGGCCAAGAGAGGUUCUGAAAUCCGUGGGACUGCUCGUCCUUAAAAAAAAGAAACCGCAGCCGCUCCCAACUGCCGGAGCAAAAGUGGGAAGGAUGCAAAUGCCAAAAGUUGAAAGGCGAAGGAACAGCUGGCUCUGGGAUCUCCUGCCAGGGCUGUGGGACCUUGAUUGGAGAAAGAGCUCCGCAGAUGCCCUUUCCAAAGACAACGAGGAAAAGGGCUCAUAUUUGCUCAGUCACAAAACUCGUGGGAAGGGUGCCAGCAGACUCCCAGUGAAACAGGCCAAGGAGCCCAGCCAACAAAACUCACUUUUGUCAGAGGACCUUGGUGAAUGCCCAGCGGUGCCAUCUUUUGGAGCUGUGGAAUGAUCCUGCACAUAGCCUAGUAAAGAACUGUUAACCGAAGAAACAAAGUUUCAACCUAUUGCUGUCGCAAGACGGGGACGCCCCAACUUGAGAGAUGGGUGCUAAAAAAAACUACAGGAGCCCACUUGAUCUGGAAGGAAAAGAACAGAACGGAUCAGAAAUUGGAUGCCUUUAGAUGAACAAGGCAGACAAAGGAUGGAUUCAGAUAUUUCCUUCCUGUUCCAGUGCCCAGUUCCUGGGGGUAUCCCAGAGUCUCAAGUCCGAGCAGAACUUUCCCCCCUCUAUGACCGGAACUCGCUGCCCAGAUACCAGGCCCAAAUCGACAGCACAUGGGCAGCACGUUGCCAGCAGAACCGGUGGCUUUUCAACGGGGCUAAAUUUCGCCUCCACUCAGUCAAGGUGGAUGGAACUUUUUUGACUUUCCAUCUGGGGCUUACCAGCUAUAAGGACUUCGUGGGCACCAACUUGGCUGAGACAGCCAGGCAGCUCCAGGAGCAGGGGCACAAGGACUUUGGGAAUAGCCAAGCCUACCUCGCCGAACCCCUAGGCGUGGGUGCCAUGUUGCACACAGCAGACGACACCUUUGUCUUCUUGCGACGCAGCCUGUGUGUGGGGGAAGCGCCAGGAAAGAUCGAUGUUCCUGGGGGACACCCGGAACCUCAGGCUGUGUUAGGAGAUGGCACCUUGGAGGGAUCAUCUAUCCGCCAUCAGGACCUUCCAGGAGACCUCGUGGUCAGAGAACUGUUCUCCUCUGUGCUUCGUGAGAUCCAGGAUGAGGUGAACCUUCAACCAGCCACACUCAGCAGGCCUACUUUGCUUGGGAUAGCUCGGAAUGAAACCAGCGCAGGCCGGUGCAGUGUUGAAUUCUACGUCCGGUGCAGCCUGACAUCUGAGCAAGUGAGGCAGUGUUAUGCUCUCGGGGGCCCUGAAGCUCUAGAAUCCAUCGGCAUCAUCUUUGUCAGCAGAGAGGGUGUCCUAUCCAUGGAGCAAAAAGGCGAGUUGUGGAAGGAACUGUGCCCAUCAGCCAAAGGGGCAGUGAAACUAUACACCGAGGUCAUGGGAGCGCAUCAGUAAAAGGCCCAUUGGUGAGUGAUGGACUCUCAGGGACUGUUCAGAACAUCUUUAUGAAAGCAGCAGCUGCCAGAAAUUCACCGGUUCUGACAUUUCACAAUUCUCAGCAGAGGAUGGAAGUUGUGCCAAGACUCACCCAUCUCUCAAGAAAACAAACUGGUAAGGUCUUCCAGCUCCUCGAACUGUGCCUACUGCGAUCCAUUUCUCAAUAAAGAGCCUUUUUUUAAAAAGGGUUCUCAUUGCAGGUGCAAUUUCAGAUUCUUAGAAUAGUUUAGGUUGGCUUCUGAGCCUGCGUUUCCUCUUCCCCUCUCGACUACUCAGGCUACUUUCUGUUCCUACAUCUCUCCCUUGGGAAAUGCCUAAGCUAGAAUCUACACUGAAUCCCAUAAGCUGAAUUGUAUUUUUUCCCCCCAAAUUAAAUUGGUUUGGUGGACACACAGUACUGAAAUCUGCACAGUAUGUGCUAGGGUUAUAAGCUUUGCACUGUGUACACGUUUUUUUCAUAUAAUUUUUAUUAAGUACUUUAAACAAAGAUAA